CUAAUAAAUGAAGUUUGCAGCAUAGUUCUGCUCCUCUGCUUCCUCCAAUUCUACCUAUAAUUUGCAGUCUCAGGAAAGACCUCUUUGACUGACUGAGAGAGAGUUCUGGAAGAAAGAGACCACCUCAGUAAACUAAAGGGGCUAGAGCUUCAUGCAGAUACAGGAAGAGCAGGAUCUGUGCUGCAGAUGUGUGCUUGUGAUUAUGAGGGAUAGAUAGAAUAAUUUUAAUGAGUUUUCAUAUGAAGGUUUAUAUACUCUUUAAUACUAAACUAGGUUGUUCUAUUUUCACUAAAUAUUAACUAGUGAUUAAAAGGAUGACAAAGCAACAGGCAGUUUCUAUCUAAGGCACUAGCAGUCAGCUUGUUUGGCUGUAUUUUCCUUGUUAAACAACUUCAUUUUAUUUUAUUUUUUCUUAUAAUUGUUUCCAGUUAUUAUUUUCACUGCAGAACCAUGUCCAAGGGACCAAAUGAACUCUUCAAAGCAAAAGACAUGAAUUAUGCACGUUUUAUCAAUGCAGUGAGUGCUGCCAGAAGAGAAUCUCCGAUAAGAGCACUGACUGACAUUAUGCUAAGGUCACCACCAUCUGUGAUAUCACUUGCCGGAGGAGCCCCCAAUCCAGAUACUUUCCCAUUCAAAUCAGCCAGUGUUACUCUGAGCGAUGGAACAAAGAUUGACAUUGGGUCAACCUUGAUGAAGAAAGGUCUCCAGUAUUCAUCAACAUCGGGAGUCCCUGAAUUAAUUAUUUGGUUAAAAGAUCUGCAGAAAAAGUUGCACAACCCACCAACAAUGGCUUACAGUCCUGACAAAGGAAAAAUGGAGCUUUGUGUAACAACUGGCAGCCAGGAAGGACUCUCUAAAGUAUUUGAAAUGCUUGUAAGCCCUGGCGACAAUGUUCUUUUGGAUGCCCCAACCUAUUCAGGAACAACUGCAGCGCUUAAACCAUUGGGCUGCAACCUCAUUGGUGUUCCAAAUGACCAACAUGGAAUGAUACCUCAAGCUCUUAAAGAUAUUCUUUCAAAAUGGAGGCCGGAAGAUGCAAACAAACCAGAGAAGAAGAAUCCCAAGUUUCUAUACACAAUUCCAAAUGGCUGUAACCCAACAGGAGCCACACUGACCACUGAACGUAAAAUUGAAAUCUACCAGCUUGCCCAAGAAUAUGAUCUGAUUAUUAUUGAGGAUGAUCCCUAUUACUUUCUUCAGUUUAAAAAGGAUAUAGCUCCUUCUUUCCUUUCAAUGGAUGUUGAUGGUCGGGUUAUCAGAGCUGACUCCAUGUCAAAAGUCCUGUCUUCUGGACUAAGGAUUGGCUAUUUAACAGGUCCAAAACCACUUAUUGACAGAAUAAUUCUGCACAUGCAAGCCUCAACCAUGCACACCAGCACUUUCUCUCAGAUUUUGAUACUGGAGUUACUUAAUAAAUGGGGAGUAGAAGGCUUUAUGGAGCACAUUGAAGGUGUAAAAAAGUUCUACAAGACUCAACGUGAUUCAAUCCUUGCUUCUGCAGAUAAAUGGCUAACAGGUUUAGCAGAAUGGCACAGCCCUUCAGCAGGCAUGUUCUUGUGGCUUAAGAUCAAAGAUGUGCCUGAUACCAAUAAAAUGAUCAUGCAGAAAGCAAUGAGUAAAGAGAUUCUUCUGGUUCCUGGAUCAGCAUUUAAUUUAGACAGCGCAGAUUCAAGUUCAUAUGUAAGAGCCUCUUUCUCACUGUCCUCUCCGGAGCAGAUGGAUGAAGGUUUGAAGAGAUUGGCAUCCGUCAUUAUUGAAGAAAGAGAAGCAAGAGGCUAAAGGCUAAAUCUGCAUUCAGGAGGCAAUCAAAUCUUAAAGGGAUACUGUUGUCACUAUACAGAGUGUUUAUUUCUGCCUGACAAAAUGGAAUCAUUUUGUUUGAUUAUCUUGACUUUACAAAAAUGGAGUUGUUAUAUAGCAGGAGAACUAAACUUAACUAUAGCAGUUGGCUAGAAAUGUUGUACAUUAUGUUUUGGACUUGUUAACCUGCCCUAGGCAACCACAGCCCUUUAGCAGUAAAGAUCUGUGUCUCCAAAGAUGCCCCAGUAGCUCCCCAUCUUCUUUUCUGCUGAUUCACUGCACAUGCUCUGUGCUGCUGUCACUUACUGAGCUUAGGGACUGACUCACAAUAUACAAUAUAUAUAUUCAAUAUUCCUGGAUCAUUUCUGCUAUUGAGAAGCUGAAACUUUAGGCUGGUGCAAUACGUUCAGUAUAUAAAAUAUGUCAUUUUUAGCCACAUUCAUUUUUAGAGUUUAGUUCUCCUUUAAGUUAAUAGAAUGGACAAUACACAUACCUUAUUGCAGUCUACUAUAAUAUUCUGAGAUCCCCAGAGUCUCCAUGUGAAGCUGCUAGAUGCAUCACUUAAAUAAUUUAUUGAAUAAGCUAUAAGAAUAUGAAUCCUUUUUAAUAAACUUGUGAAAAAUAGCUCCUUUUUAACUGUAAUAUUUAGGUAUAAUAUUUAAAUAAUACAACAUAGCAGCUGAGACAUCAUAAAGCGCAACCUUUACUGACUGAAUAAUAAAUAAAAAAGUUAUAUUGGUAAAAA